UCGCCUCGGCCAGGGAGCGUGGGGGUCGUGGCGAGCCCUGCCGCGGGCGAGGAGGCGACCGGGAAGCAUAAUCGCCGCGGGAGCAGGGCACUGGUGGCGCCCGGCACGGUGGUAUUCGCCGAGGUGCUCGGCUGGACGCUCAGUGGGCGGCCGCUGCUGUCGGCGCGACGGCUCUUCCGGCGCCUCGCGUGGCACCGCGCCAGGCAGACAGAAUAUGCAACUCGAUGAGCCGAUUGAGGUUAAAAUUUACGAGUGGAACACCGGGGGUCUACUGACAAGAAUCGAGGGGUUGAGAGCAUUCCUUCCUAAAGUUGAGCUUAUGGAUAGGAUAGGUACAUUUACAGACUUGAAAAACAAAGUUGGCUGCAGCAUUCGUGUGUGCAUUGCAAGGCUCGAUGAAGAAACUAAUGACCUGAUAAUUAGUGAGAAGAAAGCAUGGGAAAUGACUUAUCUUAGAGAAGGAACUCUCCUACAAGGAAGUGUUCGCAAAAUUUUUCCAUAUGGUGCACAAGUUAGGAUUGCUGGGACAAACAGAAGUGGAUUAUUGCACAUAUCAAACAUUAGUAGAGGUCGUGUUUUGUCAGUAAACGAUGUCCUAAAGAUAGAUGAUGAGGUAAAAGUUCUCGUGAUCAAGUCAAAUGUCCCAGACAAAAUCGCACUGAGCAUAGCGGACCUCGAGAGUGCACCUGGUUUAUUUCUUUCAGACAGAGAGAAAGUGUUCUCGGAAGCUGAGGAAAUGGCGAAGAGAUACAGGGAGCAACUUCCAGUUAUAUCUCAGAACACCAUGUUAGAUGAUAGCCUUCCAGGAGAAACGCUACCAUUUGAUGACGAAGCUAAACUGUACGCGAACUGGAAAUGGUUCAAAUUUCUGCAUCAUAACAAACCUGGUGACAACAGCAGCUGGGAUCUGCCAUAGUUUUCAGGAAAUCAUGGGUCAUGUCCAAGAGUAUGGCACCUAAGGUUGCAAAACAAAUAUCUGGUAAAGCGUUGAUCAUGCAAAAGCUGAACCAUGACUGGAGAAUCUGGUGAAGUCAAAUACGACCACUGGUGCUAACGCGCCACCUCGGUAACCCAGCAUCAAUCUUGGAGAAGAAUCUUUUUGGCGUAAAUUUUUAGAAAAGAAUCUUACUAUUUCGGAUCACUAAAUAAAGUCUAUUUAUAAAACUUUUUGCA